UCUCAUAAGAACUCCCUGUCCAAACCAUGUCAGCGGGCAUUCGUAUAUAUACCCUCCUCGGGAAGCCCGCACUCUUCGACAACACACCCGCCGUCUCGCCCCUCGACGUUCUCACAUCCCAAUCUAGCAAUAUAGUCACGUGAGUAAACGCGCUCCUCGGCGCCAGCACGCACACUUUGCUUCGGACACUGACUCUACCUCCGACUCCUCGCUCGCUCUUCAUCUCUUCAAAAUGGCCUCUUUCCUGCGCCGCUUCGCGACCUCUGCCUCAACAGGAGGGAAAACAAUGGCCAACGUCUUCUUUGAUGUUGCUAUCGACGCCAAGCCAACGGGUCGGGUGGUCUUCAAGCUGUAUGACGACGUCGUACCUCGGACAGCGAAGAACUUCCGGGAACUCGCGACGGGCGAGCAUGGAUUCGGCUACGCAGGUAGCUCGUUCCACCGGAUCAUCCCCAACUUUAUGCUUCAGGGUGGUGACUUCACACGUCAUAAUGGCACCGGUGGCAAGUCUAUCUACGGCGAGAAGUUCGCAGACGAGAACUUCAAGCUUCGGCAUGACAAGCCUGGCUUGCUCUCCAUGGCAAACGCAGGGGCUAACACAAAUGGGUCCCAGUUCUUCGUCACGACGGUAGUCACGUCAUGGCUGGACGGCAAGCACGUUGUCUUCGGCGAGGUCGUUGAGGGCAUGGAUGUCGUGAAGACGGUCGAAGCCGUUGGAACCGACUCGGGCCGGCCGAAGCAGAAGGUCACCAUCACCUCUUCUGGCAUCGUCUAAUUCGACACUAUUGCACUACGCUUCUAAUACCUCGCCAUACAUAAUCGUCGACGCUCUGACUGCUCGCUUUGGUAUCCCCUUCGCUCCGUCAAUUCUCUUCGCAGAAUCAUAUCGUUCGACCCGAAAU